AUGGGCUACAUGCGUACAAAAGCAGUCCUUAUUGGAAUUCAGUAUUCUGGCUCACAGUGGGACGAACUAGAUGGCCCUCAUCACGAUGUCAAGCGUAUGCGCGACUUUCUCAAGUCAUCACCAUGGCAGUAUGCUCAGUAUAGAAUCCUCCUCGAUAAGCCUGGUUACGCCCGACCCGACCGUGAGGGCAUCAUCUCUGCACUCAACUGGCUUGUUGAAGGUGCUACAGAGGAUCAUCGGCUCUUCCUCCACUACUCGGGUCACGGUGAUCAAUCACCGACCAGUUCCGCUUCGGAACCAGAUGGCUUUGACGAGACAAUCAUUCCCGUGGAUUGUCCACCUCCUGAGACAGAAGACGGUUUCAGAGGAGCUAUCCGCGACAACCUACUGAGAGAACUCCUUGUUGACGCGCUUCCGGCUGGCUGCCAUCUGACUGCCAUUUUCGAUUGCUGCCAUUCGGGAUCCAUACUCGACUUGAGAUACUGUUACCCUAGGUAUCUCAGUAUUCCAUGGGCAUGGAGAAUGUCUGGCCCCGCUUGCGACUCUCCACGCUUGAAUCGUACGAUUACUGAGAGGCAAAGAACUCUGACACUCCCAAUUUCGUUUGCCAAUGUCAUUCCCCCUGACCUUGACGAGCUCAGACAACCCAUUAUCGACUCUUCGUAUUUGAAGACGCCAACGCCCCACGACCUCUGGGAGUUGGAAGAAACACCACGACCGUCCUUUCUCAUGUCUCUUACCGAGUCUCGGAGCGUCUCUCAACGUGGAUCGCGCUCUAGCUCUGUCGGCAGCUGGGCACGCCCACAGCUUGGACUACAGUUGCAGCUGACCGACAUCCCCGACAUUGCUCAUUUGACUCUGGCACCCUCCAUUGAUGCGAUCGAUUCGUGGCGCAGCAGUAUCUCGUACAGCGGGGAGGAAGAAGUCUGCGAGUCUCCUGUUACUGCCAGUCCCACGUCGACCAUCGCUGCCUCGUCCCGGAGACCUUCGCUUCUCCUCCCUGCCUCGAGCACCGUCUUACAUAGACUCAUCAACCUGAACGGCAAAGCAGGUGUACACCAAGCUUGCUAUGUGGAUAGAGAGGAGGAGACUCUUGUACCAUUCAGAGGUAUUCAGUACGACCGUCCUGUCAGGAGCCGUGGAACAUUUGCCGGAUUUCAUCAACCAGCCCACCCACAAGGACCUGCUCCGCUUGUGUGUUCAUUUUCCGCUUGCUACGACCAUCAGGUCACGUUCGAGAUUGGGAAUGGUGACGGCUUGUUGACUUCGGCAUUCAUUGAAUGCAUGAAUGCUGCCGACCAUGAGAUCACGUACGGUCAAUUGUUGGUGCAGAUGAAAAAGUAUUUUAUCAGAAAGAAUGAAGAGCGCAGCUCGGAUAAGUUAGGCGAUCCUCCGUUCCCGAUGCUCUCCUCCUCAUACGAGUUGGCACCCAUACCUGGUCACGACUACCUGUUUGAACUCGGAAUGAAUACGUUGACCACUGAAGCCUUGAACGCUCGCGCCAUUGCCGGCGCAGUUGCAGUCGCAGGAUUACUCGCUGCCGCGUUUCUUCGCUAUCGACGCGCCCUCAAGUACCCACGUCCCCCAGGCCCUCCAGGGUAUCCAGUCAUAGGCAAUGCAUUUGACUUACCCCCUACUCAACGAUGGCUCAAGUGGGCGGAAUGGAGAGACAUGUAUGGUCCCAUUGUAUGCUUGGAAAUGUUUGGGAGACGGGUGGUCAUGCUCAAUGAUCCUCAAUUGGUGAUGCAAUUGCUGGAGAAGCGUUCGUCAGUCUCGGCGGAUCGUCCACAGCUUGUCCUGUGCAUGGGGUUGCUCGGCUUUGGGCAUAGUACCGUCGGGCUCCAACACAAUGCGACGCACAAGGAAGCACGGAGGCUGUUCAAUCUGACAAUAGGUAAAUCUCAGCUACACAAGUACACCGACCUUGUCCAGCACGAGAUGCAAAAGCUUGCCCUGAAACUCUUGGAAGGCAAGGGAGCCAAAGACAAUGUGACUUCAAGCAUCAGACAUGCCGUUGGAGGGAUCAUUCUCGCCGUGACCUAUGCUCUGCCUGUCAAGGAUCAGAACGAUCCAUUUAUCGAGGAUGCAGAAGCCACCAUGGGUAUAUUUGCCCGCACUUCGUCUCCAGGGACGCAUACCGUUGACGUCUUUCCAUUCCUGCAAUAUGCACCAUCUUGGUUCCCUGGGGCAGGAUUCAAGAAGUAUCUUGCCCUUUGGAAGCAGCAAAUCAGGAAUUCUCUCGAGCGUCCCGUCGCGGUGGUAAAGCGGGAGCUGGCAAAUGGCGAAGUCAAGACGUCGGUUGCACACGAGAUUUUUGCAGAAGCCAACAUGAGUGCACAGCGCGAGGAGGAACUAAAGUGGCUCACCGGCUCCAUGUACUUGGGUGGUUCCGACACGACCGCGUCGGCAAUUCACAUCUUCGUUCUGGCCCUCACCUGUUAUCCCGAUGUCCAAACAAGAGCGCAACAAGAGCUAGAUUCCGUAAUUGGUGAUCGAAUUGCAACAUUGGAAGACAGACCAAACCUUCCAUACGUUAAUGCGAUUGUCAAAGAGGUUCUCCGUUGGCACACAGUUACUCCGUUGGGAGGACCUCACAGGUUGACAUCGGAUGCCGAGAUUGGAGGAUACCUGCUGCCAAAGGGAACGGUCGUCUUGGGCAAUGUAUGGGGCAUCUUGCAUGACGAGAAAUACUUCUCCGAGCCACACGAGUUCAAACCGGAGCGGUUUCUCAACGCAGAGGAUGCGGCGAAAUUCGAUCAAGUUAAGAGGCCCACAGCCUCUGUCGACUCUUGGAAUCAUGCCUUUGGGUAUGGGAGGCGCGUAUGUCCGGGCCGUGACUUGGCAGAUAUGGAAUUGUGGCUUGCAAUUGCAACGAUACUGUCGACAUUAAAGAUUUCGCCGACCGAAGGCGGGCUCAAGCCGACGUUUACAAGCGGGUCAAUUAGCAACGUUGGCCACCAUCCACCUUCAUUGUCUGCUGCUGUUCAUGGUAAAAGGCGGCUGAGCGGGCUGCUAUCGUCGUCGAGUAACGCUCCUAGUGUGCCGCUAACGCGUCCUGUGCCCGCUGCAGCAUAUACAAACCCGUAUCUGUCGCCAGAGCUUUCCCUGUCCAGUCCAGCACUCCUGUUUGCGUCAAGUUCGCGUCAAAAGUCUUCAGUACAGUCUAUACAGCACCAAGUUGCAGCCAUGCCACCCAAACCAGCCGGCAAGGACAUUCCCGCUUUUUUCCCAGGGAUGGACGAGUUUUAUUAUGCACCCAAGAAGUCUGUCAAGUCUUCGGGUGCGAGUACAUCGGGAACAUCGACAAAAUCGGGCUCGUCCACAAAGUCGCCGUCAAAGUCGAAACCAAAAGAGCGGGACGGACCGUCAUUAAUGUCCAAGGAUUCAGAUCCUACAGAACCAGCCGAUUCUCAGGGUCAUCCGCGUCGAGCCCUUCCGGCCCCGGUCCCGAGCGAGUCGAUUAUACAGGAAAAGGAAUUAACAACCGCAGAACAAGUUGCCGCACAGGCGAGUAAUACGGAUUUGGAUGCAGUCACCGGCAAGACCUUUGCCUCGUCUCCCUCUCGCAAUUUGCCGUCCUUUACCCCUUCUUCGUCCUCUCCACCGCCUACCUUCUCCAUCUUGCCCUCCACUUCGUCCCCGCCUUCAAGGAGACUCGCCCUCUCGACUUCACCACCGACAGACCACACUUCGACCAUUAUGAGCGUUGCUCGUGGGACACCUCCGUCGGCCCACGGCAAGACGACGUUGAAGAAACGAGCCGCGAGCGCCAGCUCGUCAACUGCAGCCGCCGGACUAGGCAUCACUGGCGUCGAACUCGAGCCAACGUCGGGCAUGACGAUCAGCAGAGAUCAGCGGCAAGACAGUGUGACCGAUAUUGCUCCCUCUCACUCGCCCAGACCGUUUAGGAACAAAAAUCAUGCAAGGCACCACGCCUUGCCUCUGAAAGUCGCACCCUAUCCACGAAGCUACGAUACACGUGCAAUAGAUCAAGACACGGCCGACCACCUCCUUCUCACUUCACUAUGUCGAAGCGUAACUUGGCACGACUUCGCACCAAUUCUCCCAAAUUCGUCCACAUCCAAUACAACCACCCCAGCGACCGUGACGGCUGGGAUCGUACAGUCGAGCAUCGAGAGCACUCAGAAUGUGACCUUUGAACCACCAUUGACGACCCCAACUCUUUCCGACUCGUCGCCACAACCUACAACCCCAACUCCUGUACCCGAAUCUGCUGCACAAAAGACCCCAGCACCGCGCUCAGUUCUGGACCUUGGGUGCGGCAACGGUGUUUGGAUCAUGGAUUGUGCCAAAGUGUGGCCAGACGCACACUUUGUCGGGCUGGAUCUUGUUCCGCUUCAGCCGAAUCUUUCCGUCGUGGACCCCAAGUUGGCGAAUCGGAUCGAAUGGGUCACUGCAAACUUAAUCGCAAGAGGUGUACCCGAAGACAAGUGGCCAGAUCUGCUCGAGGAAGUGUCUCGUGUGCUCGAGCCCAACGGCGCGAUCGAGAUCCUCGAAGAGGACCUAAUCUUCCCUGGGGGGUCGGAGCCGUGUACGUGUCAUUACCCGCCUGAUUGGAAUGAGGGCGAGGAGGAUGCACGGAAUGAGGACACCAUGUCUUCGGAGCUUAAUCACCAAAGUCCAGAAAAGGAUCUCCAUCAUUCGGGCUAUCAAGGGCUCUUCUAUCCAUCUCAGUCCGUUGACGUGCGAGAUCACUCGCAUCUCGAGCAGGCAUACAAUGACAUGCAUGCUGACCGAUUCAUCAAUCUGCGACCCAUUUCUGUCCUCACCAACGUUUUACCUCUUUAUUUCCGUGAUGUGCGGAGCCACCCUCCACUCCUCAUAACAUUUCCACCGCCCGAGGAGGAAAUGUGGAGUGACGCUUCUUCGUUAUCAUCUACGUCCGGGGAGAGCGAUGCAAGCGUCGCUCUUCACAAUCGCAAAACCCUUGUCGCCACGCCAAAGAGACAGAAGGCUACGAUACCCAAAAGUCCGCACUUGUCCAGACCCAGCACGGCAAACUCGAGUGCAAUAUACUCCAUCGACUCUUCAGCAGUCGAAUCUUCCCAUGGAGGUUCACCUCCUCAGGGACGGUCCCCACUUCAACAACAACCCCCUACUCUACCUCUUGACGGACAAGUAGAAACUGUCACCAACGGUUCAUCGCCGUCAGAGUAUAUGCACCAGCCACCACAAGGUGGAUGGCAUACUCUCCAUAUUGAUAUUCGUGCCCUCGUCCACCCCAAGCAACCCUUUAUCAUGAUUGACCGAUGCCGUAUGCCGGCUCGCGUCGUCUCUGCAGGUGCAGAUAGCCAAAAUUUGGCAGACCAAACGAUGACCCGAUUACCAAACACUACAUUCGAGUUUGAUUUUCAGUACUUGACCAUGUCCCUUGCUCACAGCGUCACCGAGGUCCUCGAAUGCAAAGAGGAAAUCUGGGAGUACAUGGUGAGAAAAGGUGAAGCGAAACCGGGCAAUGGGUCGAAUAUUGCUGCUUGGACUGGCCUCGCGGUGAAGACGAAGAAACCCAUUCGAUCACGGUCACCACGUCGAGAUGAACCUGUCGAACGCAAGGACUUUGACUUUUGGGUCUCCAAUUAUGAGCGCGAGAUGAAGAGACGGAUACAAAUGGCAAAAGUCAUGCGGAGUCGACUGGACUGGAAACCCAGAGAGCUCGUCAGCUCGGAAUUUCAUUCAUCCCACUCACAUCGCCCUUCCAUGGGCAAUUCUGUCUCAGGACCAGGGGGCAAAAUACUAUCGCCCAUUACGCCUGGCGGAUGGUCGUCAGUGCCCGCACCAUUUGGCACCAUUUCGACGGAAAAUCCGACUCGACGCCUCGACCCUAGCGAUCAUCCGCACUCUUCAUCGUUGGAAGACAUUAACACGGCUCUCAACGUUCAAGAGGAUGACCUAGACGAACAUCACCAUCAGAGUGCAGUCAAGGGCGCACACUCGUCUUCGACCUCGUUAGUGGGCAACGAAUCCAGUAGCGUUGGUGCGCGCAAGCGGACGAAUUCUGGACCGGAGAAGCUGCAACGGACCAGACGCGGCUCGGGGCACUCUUCCCAGCAAGGACACGCGCGUAAUAAUAGCUUGGAUGCUGCGGAUGCGUGGGAGACUUUGGUCCAGGAGAAACCGCACCUGGCUAGUCUCCGUGCAGACGACGGUACAAUCGCUGGUAGUGCGAUGGAUCGGGACUCCAAAGCAGUCGACGAAAAUGGCUUUGCGGAUGAUAUCCCGAGGCUAAGUCGGUGCGUCAAAGUGUUCGUUGCCUGGAAUAACAAGGACGAGACGUAG